AUAACUAGUUUCAAGAUGUCAUACGGAGAAAAGAUUCAAUCUAGAGUUGCAUUUGUUUAGUUGUUGUAAAUUGUAUUGAAUGAUUUUGAGCAUGUAUAUUAUAGCAUUUUACUUUUAACUUCAAUCAUUUAUGAUUUAUUCGUGAAGUGAAUAGGCAUAUUUUAUAUUAUAAAGUAUUUGAGUGUAUAUUAGUUAACAUGGCAGACAGUAAGUUGCUAAAUACUUCGUCUUCAGCCAGCCCUCCUCCGAAUUGUGCAAUUUGCUUAGGAUCAUGUUCAAAUAAAUGUUUUUCGGAUACAUGCAUGCAUCAAUUCUGUUUCAAUUGUCUAUUGCAAUGGUCAAAGAUAAAAGCUGAAUGCCCCUUAUGUAAACAACCCUUCAAAUCCAUAAUUCACAAUGUGAAAUCUAAUGAGGAGUAUGAAGAACAUAUUGUCGAACAACCUCUACCUGCACAUCUCCUGGACAAUGAUCAAUUCCAUUUAAUUUUACCUCAUAGUCCUCCAACUCCAAGACAUCACCGAUUUCAUUUUAGAACUACAUUUACGGUCAACACCCAUGGGGAAAAUGCAAUUCAACGGAUGCUUAUGAGUCAUUCCCUCACCAAUGGAAUCACUAUUUCCAAUUAUUUACCACAUUCAAGUCACUCGAUAAGACCUAGGAGGAGAGCGAGAUGCACAACUACCAACUUUAGGAGGUCAAUUUAUGACUCCAAUUUGUGGGCCAGUGUCCAUUCCGAUCCAAUGAGUAUGACAAUGAGAUUUCGGGAAAUUACACCAGAAUUUUUCAGGGCAAAUCCACAAAGUCGAACUCGUCUUGUACCAUGGCUGAAUAGAGAACUUAAUGCUUUGCUUCAUGAAAACACCCAAGAUGUAAUGGAGGUAGUUGAUACAAUUAUGGAUUACCUUCUUAGGUAUCACAUUUGUAGUCGGCCUUUCAGAGUCUUGUUGAGAUCCUAUCUCAACAAUAGGACAGACCAUUUUGUUCAUGAAUUCUACAACUUCAUGCGGUCACCCUUUGACAUGAUUGGAUAUGACAGACAUGUUAACUACUUCGAAAGACCAACAACUCCCAUACCUUCUGUUGACAUUUCUGAAGAUGAUGACAGUGAUGUCAUGAUAAUAGAGGAGAAUCCUGAAGUUAUAGAAGUCCAUAGUAGCGAUUCUGAUGAUGUUAUAAUGACAUCUUCGUUUGUUCCAAAACCAAGGAUCUUGCCGGAACGUUCAACGUCUAGACGAUCAAGACGUGUGUCGGUAUCUUCAUCUUCGAGCAACGAAGAGCAGAGAAGAGAGGACGGAAGGCCUAGAAAGCUCAAAUUGAAACGAAGACGGAGAGAAGAAAGAGACAGCAGACCAACACCAAGGGCUUCAGAACAUCAUCCCGAUGGUAAUGAAUCUAGCAGCACUGACAGCAUACCAUUACCUCCUAGGGUUUCAGGAGACCUGACAGAUGGAGAUGGUUCAAGCAGUAGUGUACUUGAUGAUGUACCCUUAGCGAAAUAUAUGAGGAUCAAGGCAUCCAUUGGGAAAAAACUGUUGAAGAAAAGUUCCGCCAAGGCAAAAGCUAAAUCCAAAGAUGGCCCUACAGAUAGGAUUAGAAAGAGCCAUCCGAGAAAGGAGAGUCCGAAAAAAAUGAGAACUGCUGAAACCGCUUCUUGUUCCACAUCCAAGCCCCAUUCAUCAAAUUUUCAUCCCCGAAGGAGAACUUCAAGUGCGAGCAGCUCCAGUUCUAGUAGUUCCAAAAAUCAUGAUUGCGAAUCAAGGAAUAGAAGAAAUCCCAAUGAAUCUUCUAGUAGCUCCAGCAACCACACAUUAAAACCCAGAUUCUCAUAUCCAAAAAGAGAACGAAAUAACAACGUUGAAGCUGCUCCCCGUCCAUCACAAACAAGGUCUGAUAGACAUGCAUUGUUAAGGAGUCUCUCCUUAAUGCCCCAACAAGGCCCUUCUAAUAUCUCUCAGAUUUAUACACCAUCAAUUAGAGGACAAUCGGCUUUUCAGUCAACUAGUAAUAUUCUUCCUACUCCAGUUCCUGAUGAACCUAUUGAUUAUACACCAAAUACAUAUAGAAGUAAUCGACACAGUGAUAGUUUACUGAGUAAUGCUGGAAAGCCAAAGGUGGAAAUGUUGAAUCAUUGCAGAUCAGCUCCGGUAACCUUGCAGCCUGAUUCCCUUUAUGCUGAGAAUCGUGCCGGACCUUCGUCUUCAUACCCUUCUAACUCAUACUUUGAAGAUUUACAGAGAAGAUAUAAUUGCGAUUAUCAAGAUCCCAGAAAUUCUCCUGAUUUAAUAGACUUAUCUGUAACAUCCAGGAUAAGACAUGAACAUCCCAUGACGCCCAGUUGUGUAGGACCAGAUUUUCGUUCUAAGUAUACGCCGUCGGUUUACUUUGAUCCCUGUGCGUUAGGUGCUCAUCAAAGUAGUGCUCAUCGUUCACCGAAUAUUUCAAUGCCGUCUACAAGCUAUGCGCCCUAUAAUUUCGAUAGUGUACCUACUAAUAGUGCGCUUAAAAGUGAACCCUCUUACUCAGAAUAUCAAUCGGAAGGAUCAACCAAAUAUUGGACUGAUUUAUCUACACAAACUACUUCACACACAAAUUCUAAUGAUUCUUCUUAUAACAAUCAAAGUCAGCAGCCUAGAAAGUCUGUAAUACAAAAUUCUCGUGAUAAUUCAGUUCCUCAGGAUGAAAUAAUUUCACCAAGAUGGUCUAGCUCUAAUUCUCCUUCUUAUCCAUGUUAUCCUGAGAAUUGGUCUGAUUGUUCUGUUUAUUCUGAUUGAAAUUAUAGUGUUGGCAAUAUUUGAUUUUAUAUUUUAUUGGGACAUUAAGAUAAUAUAAAUUCUUGAAUUUUAUUAUUGGAAAGAAUAUUAUACUGUAAAAGAUAAUUGUACUCGUCUUUAUCAAAUUUUUUGGGUGUAAGUCAUGAAUGAAAAAAUUUAUCUAAUUUGUUUAGAACUGCACAGCAAUUGCAAUCGAAAGUGUGAAUAAAAUUUGAAAAUAUUUAACAGUAUAAGAAAUACCCUAGAUACAUAGAAGAGUUGAUUGUAUGAAAAGUCUGAUAGUUGACAGUAUAUUUGAAUAAACUUGAACAGAACGAACAUUUUUGCUAAACAUUUAGUUAUAUUCAUUUUUUUUUUUGAACUGGUCCAAUCUCUCUCCAAUUCGAUUGUUGGGAACUUUAAACAGAUGGUUAUGUUUCCAACCUUGUGAAAAAUAAUUUUUAUAAUAUUUAUACUUUUUUUUUUUGUGUAAAUUAUAAUUGUAAUAUAUCAAUUAUUGAAAAA